AUGUCGCUGCUUCACGCCGUUGCAAUUGGAUCUUCGGUUGUCAUCAGCACAAUUUUUACGGCGAUCGCGCUUUUUACAGAUGGUGAGUUGAUAUUAUAUCAUGUUUGGAUUUUCUCCUGUCGACCUCCAAUCUUCGAAACUGUUCUCCAGAGGAGUUCUUCCAAUUGCAAAAAAAUCUCAAGAUUAAGUUCAUCGAAAAAUAUUAAAGUUGGUACUUCAACUAAGCUCUUCAAAUUUUGAAUUUUGAAAGAUGAUCGCGAAAAUUCGAGAAAAAAACUGUAUUUCAAAAAACCUUUCAAAAAAUCGUCAGCGGGAAAUGAAGUUUGAAAUGCUCUGACUUCAGGCUGGCUUUUCGUUGAAGGAGUUUGUUACGGAGACUACUGCACUGGUGAUAUCGGCUUAGGACUCACUCCUUACCCUGGCGGCGAGUAUAUGGUGGGAAACUUGAAAAUAUUAAAAAAAUAAAGAUGAAUUCAUGAAAAAAAGUUGAUAAAACGAAUUUCGGUCCAGUUUGUGUUUGAGGUGAAGAGCUUAGAGAACAUUUUCAAGAGUUUAUUGAUCCCUGGGCUCUAGAAGCAUACACAAAAUAGAUACAUGUUGUAAGGCCAACAGAUCUUUCUAUAUCAAAAUGCUUCCAUAGAUUUCUUCGAAAAAUUAUGCGGGUUACCAAUAUAGUCUGUGUGCCACGACUUGAAAUUUCACGGAACGACAUUCCGCUGUUUCGCUGCGUGUGUUCGCGAAGCGUCUUUCGAAUCUAGGUCACGGUUCCAAUUGAUUGUUAUUGCUGUGGUAGCAUAUGAAAGUAGAGUACCUUAAGAAAAGAAACAAAAAAUUAGAAGCGCGACCAAGGUUCGCAAAGGCGCGCAGCGGCACAGCGGAAUGUCGUUCGAAGAUGUGGUACACAGGUUAUACCACUUUCGCGCUUAUUUCUAUUUUUCUUACAACGUUAGUAUUUCUGUCAUAGCCUAUUCACGCCUGACGUUUUUUCCUGAAUUUGGUAUUUUAUUAAAAUUAUUUCAUUAGUUUUUAAAUGUCAUAUUACUCUACAGCAACUCAAAAAAAAUUGAAUAAAACAUGAGAUGAUAUAUCAAAGACAAAUGAAGAGUUGCUACAACCGAACUUUGCCACAAAAGUUGGACUGCCAGUUCGCUGCUCCUAGCCACCUGGGAAUGAGCUUUGUUUUUUCCAGAUUUUUUUUAUUAUCAAUAAUCGAGUCAUUCUUUCUUGCAUAGCACGCUUUUUUGUUUCUCAAACUGGCUCGAGUGUUUGAAGAUUUCACAGCAGUUUCUCACUCAAAACGUUAGCCAAAAUACUUCAAAAUAAAAAUUAGCCUUGUAGCGAUACUUUGCGCCCUGUUCUACUGGUCAAUUCAAAAGUUCCCUCUGAACAAACUAUAAACAACAUAAAACAGACUGUGACAUCUGAAAGUUUUUUUGCCGCACGGCGUCUCCAUAUCCGUACGAGUAAAUGGGGACAACUGAAGGAAGACCUUUAGGUUCAAAAAUUUGAUGACAGCAAAACGAUAAAUCGAAUUGCUAACACAGGAAACGCAACUGCCUGAUUGGUUGUUGGCUACUUGUUGGUUGAUGUACUUCACUUUCGCAAUCGACUUCAUUUGCUUGAUUGUGACGGCUGCAUAUGUGUAUGACACAAAAAAUCUCAGAAAUUCAAUGUAUCGUUACAGUUUUUCCGUUUUCAAUGGAAGCGUGAAAAUGGAGAAGAUGGUCCUUUUAUUAACUUCUGGUGUUACCGCCGUCACAGCUCUGCUCGGUCUGAUUGCUUUCGUCGUUUUUGAAGCUGGUUACGGUGGCCUUGACGGCCUCAUCAAAGAAUAUGUCAAGGUAUAUUGAUUUUUAUCUCGAAGGAUGUUCAACCUAAAAUCUGAAAGAAUGAGCUAAAAAGUUUUGAAUAAAAUCCAAGACAGCAUACGUCGUCAUAUAAAGUUAUAUAUCAAAGUUUUUUUAUAAACGAAAAAACAAUCCUGAGUAACUGAGAGCGAGUUUCCAUUCCGAGAUAAUUUUCCUAGCAUUUUCUAAAGCCGAUUCAUCUUAAAAAGUGGGAUGAAAAAAUGGCUUUUCAGCUCGGUUUCUCGUCGUUCAUGCAACUCGUUGCUUUUCUCUUUGCAAUCAUCGCGUGUGCAAUCAGCAUUUUCCGCGUCUGCGUCGUCGAGGAUCAAGAAUAUUGA